CUUAUCUUUAAGUAACCUAGCAUUAUACAUUGAUCCUGUUAGCUUAGUUUUAUAUAAAGUUAUUAUACUGAUUAUUAUUCAAAAAAUGUCUGACAACUCCGAAGAUAGAUUAAGAUUUCAAGUUGAAUUGGAAUUCGUUCAAUGUUUGGGCAAUCCAAAUUAUCUUAAUUUUCUUGCUCAAAGAGGGUAUUUUAAAGACCAGGCUUUCGUGAAUUAUUUAAAAUAUUUACUUUAUUGGAAAGAGCCGCAGUAUGCCCAUUUUUUGAAGUAUCCAAUGUGUUUGUAUUUCUUAGACCAACUUCAGUAUGAACAUUUUCGAAGAGAACUGGCCAGUGCUCAGUGUGCUAAGUUCAUAGAUGAUCAACAAGUUUUGUUAUGGCAACAUUAUACAAGAAGGAGAACAAGACUUCUUCAAGAGCAUACUGAAACUCCUAAUAAUACUCCCAAUAAUGUUAACAGAUCUCAGCAAUCAAAUGAUCUCAUUGACAUAACAACUCCUACUAAUGAAACUAUGGACAAUGUUUGUGAUGCUAUGUGAGAAGAUUAAUAAUUCAAGCCAGCAAAUACAAAGAAACUGGUGGAAUUGUGUUACUUCAUGGUCUAUUGUGUGCCAUCAGAAGGAAGGACAAAGAAGGUGAAUAAGGAGUAUGACCAGUACUUCAUAAUUGUUGGAGUAAAUAAAUGUGUUUGUGAAGCUAAAAUCAAAUUAAAGACAAAGAACUUACAAGAGUUCAGUUCGUUGUAUGUUAUAUAUAUUAUGCAAUAUGAAGUAUUAUUUAUUGUUAUAAUUGCUUAAAUAUCAGCAAGGAUUUUAUUUGGUUACUUCUUAUAACUUUUUUUUUAUUUUAUUUCAUUUAGAUUUCCAGUAGAAUAUCUCUAUCCAGCUCUUUUCUUGUGCUGAAAUUUUUCAAUAUUUUUUUUUUCCUGUCAAAAAAUUAAUCUAUUGUUUUAUUUUCAACCAUAUAUAUUAUAUUUUCAAAUACAUCUGUCACGUAGAUACCUGUUUUUGUAAAGAAGAAAGGCUAACAAGUCAAUGUAUUAGCACAUAAUUUAUUUUUAAGCAGUACAUGUUUUAAAAAAUAAUCAGUAAUAGUCUAAAAUUAUUUCUCUAUUAUAUUUAUUUAAUUGGAUGAUUAUUUCACUUAUAAUUUUUUCUUCUUCAAAUUUCUUUUUGGAAAUGACCCAGUGAAAAAAUAAUAACAUUUUAAGGAAAUUACUGACUUAAUAAUUCUUACUUUUUCAAAACAAGUUUGACUUUUAGCAGAGCUAAAUUAGUAUUAAUUUUGAAAUAUAUAUAAUAUUUAAAAUGACAACCAAAAUCAAAAUGUGAAGUAGUUAUUAGUAAAUUGCCAUUAUAAAACAUUAUGUUUAAUUUCAAGCAUAACUUUUGUUAAUGAUUGUUAUCGUUAAUAAUUGAUUUGAAUUAUCUUUUGUGUCUAGAACUGUUAACUGUUUUGGUUUUAUUUCUACACUCAUUAUAAUGUUUGGCGGAUUUGUAUUAUCUCAAGAAUUAAAGUAAAAACUAUAUAUGAACUUUUCUUAUUAAUAACAUGAUAAUCCCUUUUAAUUAAUACACUUUGUUAUUUAAUAAUGUUACAAUAAUAAGAUUUUAUUCAUGUAUUACUUAAUAUUUUUCAAAUGAGAGAAGGGGGAGUGGAGUAGAAAGAGGUUACAGGUGAAGUAAAUAAAAAAUAUAGAAGAUAAUGGUCGUGGAUGUGAUAAUAAAAUAAAAUACAAUACAGUAUACUUAUUAUAUUUUAAUUUAUGCUUAUGCUUAGUCCUACUUGAUGGGCUGAUUUCAGAGCUAUAAAACAUAAUAGCAGUAUCGAAACAAUGUGACAGCAAAUGAAUUAUUAUUUUCUCUAUUAUAUUUUCCCUGAAAUUCCAAAAUUCAAUAUCAUAGAAUAAAUGCAAGAGUAAAAGUAAUAAGUUAACAAUUAUGUCAAUUGGAUAAUAAUUGGAGUCCUUAGAAGUUGU